AUGUCUGGUGUCAACCAGAGCAGCAGUUUCCACCCUUCAAUCUUCUUCCUGGUGGGGAUCCCAGGCUUAGAGGCUGCCCACAUCUGGCUCUCCAUCCCGCUCUGCUUCAUCUACAUGGUGACCGUGCUGGGGAACUGCACCAUCGUGCUGAUCAUCUGGGUGGAGGAGAGCCUGCACGAGCCCAUGUAUCUCUUCCUCUGCAUGCUGGCUGUGGUGGACCUGGCUGGCUCUACCUCUGUGGUUCCCAAGAUGCUCUGCCUCUUCUGGUUUGGCUCCCAUGAGAUCCGCUUUGAAGGGUGCCUGCUGCAGAUGUUCUUCAUCCAUGCACUCUCCAUCAUUGAGUCGGCCAUACUGUUGGCCAUGGCCUUUGACCGCUAUGUGGCAAUCUGCCAGCCACUACGGUACGCGACCAUCCUGACAAACCCGGCCAUUGUGAAGAUUGGCUGCCUAGCCGUUGUGAGGGGGGCCGUCUUGACCUCUCCAUUUCCCAUCCUUGCCAGCAGACUCCCCUAUUGCCGGACGAACGUGGUCCCUCACACAUACUGCGAGCACAUGGGUAUUGUCCGGUUGGCCUGUGCCGGCACUGUGGUCAGCAACUUGUACGGCCUCACGGUGGCUCUGCUUGUGGUGGGUCUGGAUCUACUCUUCAUUGGCGUCUCCUAUGCCAAAAUUAUCUUGACUGUGCUGAGGCUGCCGUCGCAAGAAGCCCAAGCCAAGGCCUUCAACACCUGCGGCUCCCACAUCUGUGUGAUUGUCUUGGCCUACACACCUGCCCUCUUCUCCUUCCUCACACACCGCUUCGGCCACAACGUGGCCCCCUACAUCCACAUCCUCAUUGGCAACUUCUACAUCCUGGUGCCCCCUCUCUGCAAUCCCAUCGUGUAUGGCAUAAAGACCAAACUGAUCCGGGACAAGGUGACCGAGAGGGCUUACCAGAAGCAGCCCACCAUCUUCCAGAACAAGAAGCGGGUGCUCUUGGGGGAGACUGGCAAAGAGAAGCUCCCCCGCUACUACAAGAACAUUGGCCUGGGCUUCAAGACCCCCAAAGAGGCUAUUGAGGGAACUUACAUUGACAAGAAAUGCCCCUUUACUGGCAACGUGUCCAUUCGGGGACGUAUUUUGUCAGGCGUGGUCACCAAGAUGAAGAUGCAGCGUACCAUUGUCAUCCGGAGGGACUACCUGCAUUACAUCCGCAAGUACAAUCGCUUUGAGAAGCGCCACAAGAACAUGUCGGUGCACCUGUCCCCCUGCUUCAGGGAUGUGCAGAUCGGGGACAUUGUGACCGUGGGCGAGUGCCGCCCACUAAGCAAGACUGUCCGCUUCAACGUCCUCAAGGUGACCAAGGCUGCUGGUACCAAGAAGCAGUUCCAGAAGUUCUGAAGUCUAUUCUUGUCUGUUGGGAUGUGCAAAUAAACUUUUUGUAAAGACCCUGCA